GGUGACUUUUAAAUACAACGGCUCUACCAUCGUCCCUGGGGACCAAGGGGUAGACUACGAAGCCUUCAAAAGGAAGUGCACAGAUGAUGUUCGAUUGUUUGGCUUUGUCCGAUUCACCACCGGUGAUGCCAUGAGCAAGCGAGUCAAGUUUGCCCUCAUCACUUGGAUUGGAGAGGACGUCAGUGGCCUGCAGAGAGCCAAAACUGGGACCGACAAGACUCUGGUCAAAGAAGUAGUACAGAACUUUGCCAAAGAAUUUGUGAUCAGUGACCACAAAGAGCUGGAUGAGGAUUACAUCAAGAACGAGCUGAAGAAAGCAGGGGGGGCUAAUUACGACGCACAGACUGAGUAAGCGCAUGAACCUCCUGACACCAUCACCUGGAUCUCAAAGGGAGGGGAAAGGCACAACCAACUAACACAACUGAGAGAUGAGGCAACUGAAAUCCCCAGCUUUCUGCCUCUCCACCUAAGAGCUCCCUUCCUUUGCAUACAGCGGACUUUUAUUUUCCAUUCCAUCUCAUGAAACAUCCCUCUCCGGGGUUCUG